GUCAAUCACCAUUCUCUCCAUUUCUCCUACCUCUCUUUUCAGUAUCCAUUCCCUCUCUCUUAACUCUUAACUCUUAAGCUUCCUCUUCCUCCUUUCUUCUUCUCCAUUCUUCCACUCCGUUCUCUCUCUCUCUCUCUCUCUCUCUCUCUCUCUCUAUGUAUAUAUAUAUAUAUAUAUAUAUAUAUAUAUAUAUUCCCAAGCCUUUGUUGGUUGUUACAGACAAACCCAGCUCUGCAAACAUGGCAAAUGAGAUAUGGAUCGUUCCCUUCUUUGGUCAGGGCCAUUUGUUCCCUUUAAUGGAGCUUUGCAAGCACUUAGCUUCCAGAAACUUCAAAGCCGUUUUAGUUAUCUCUUCCAAACUCUCCUCCUCCGUACCCUCAUCUCUCCGUCAACACCCGCUCGUCGAAGUCGCUGAGAUUUCUGAAGCACCACCACCGUCUGAUUCGUCGUUUCCGUCGCAGGACCCGAGUUCUCAGCCGUUUCACCACCCCCACGGGCCCCACGGUCAGAUGGCAGUCGGGCUUGAGAAGCUCUUCUCUACCCGAAUCGAGAGUCCGGAUUCGGUACGACCCCUUUGUGCGGUUCUUGACAAUAUGAUGAGCUGGACUGCCGAGGUUUUUCAGAAGUUUGAGGUUCCGGCGGUCAGCUUCUUCACCUCCGGCGCUUGCUCUGCCGCCAUGGAGUAUGCCAUGUGGAAGGCCCACCCGUUAGAUCUCAAACCGGGGGAGACCCGUUUACUACCCGGGUUACCCGAAGAGAUGGCUGUGACGGUCUCGGAUAUUAAACGAGAGUCUCGUCAUCCGCCGUUCCCCAUGGGUGGAGGCGGCCCUUCUGGAAGCCCGGGAGCCGGUUUCCCUACUCAUGGGCUGCCACCGCCAUUCGGUGGUCGUGGAGGCCCGGGAGACGGUUUUCCUGCUCAUGGGCCGCAACCGCCAAUGGGUGGACCCGGAGGCCCUGGCCCACGAAAGAUGGGUCCGCCAAAGCCCGGAGACCAACCGCGUUGGUUAGACGAGAUCGAGCAGUCUAUUGGAGUGAUGAUCAACACGUGUGACGAGUUGGAGCAUCCGUUUAUCGAAUACGUCUCUAAAAAGAUCGAAAAACCCGUUUGGGGAGUGGGUCCGCUUUUGCCGGAACAAUAUUGGAAGUCUGCCGGUUCGAUUCUUCACGAUCGAGAAGUUCGAACCAAUCGAAAAUCAAACUUCACAGAAGACGAGGUGAAUGAGUGGCUGAAUACAAAGCCGCAUGGAUCGGUGCUAUACGUUUCAUUCGGAAGCGAGGUUGGUCCCACCAAGGAGGAGUAUGCAAUACUAGCUGAGGCACUAGAAGAGUCAACUCGACCAUUCAUAUGGGUUGUCCAAGCCACAGCAGGAAGACCACCAGGCCCUCCUCCCGGCCAACCUGGUUCAGAACCGGAGCAGGGUUAUUUUCCACACGGGCUAGAUGUCCGCGUCGGAAACCGAGGGUUGAUCAUACACGGCUGGGCUCCACAGUUGUUGAUUCUAAGUCAUCCAUCCACCGGAGGAUUCUUAUCGCACUGUGGGUGGAAUUCUACUGUGGAAGCAAUUGGUCGGGGAGUUCCAUUCUUGGCAUGGCCAAUUAGAGGGGACCAACACGCGGACGCUAAAUUGGUGGCGAGCUAUCUCAAAGUUGGGUACCUUAUUUGUGAGGAUUUAUCAGAGACAAUAAAGAAGGAGGACAUAACAAGUGGAAUUGAGAAGCUACUAAGUGAUGGAGACAUGAAGCAAAGAGCUGUGAGGCUUAGUGCCAAGUUUGAGCAUGGCUUCCCAACAAGUUCUGUGGCUGCUUUAGAUGCCUUCGGAGACUUCCUUAGACAUGCAAAAAAGGCACCUUCUCAUUGAUAUUGGGUAUUGUGUGCAUGCUGAUUAGAAGAGUUUAUGUCUGACUUCUCUUUCUUUACAUUAUCAUACAAUAAUCACUAAAGAUUAUGGGUCAAGACAUUAAUUUUCGUUACAUUUUUUUGUGUGAUCUAGUUGUAUUUGAGAAUUUCAAUAUAAUUUAUACUUUCUGUUCGAA